UCAUAUAUCAAUUAUCUCACGCAUUUUUUUUUGUAGUUAGCCUACUGUUUGGAUUUAUUAAGAUUGCUAAUAUUUGUGUAUCUGCAAUUCUGAUAAAUGGCGGCACUCCAAUUAAGAUGUAAAACAGACACAGGGACUCAUAGACUGAAUGCAAAGUUGUUUGGAACUUCAACAUUAGGUGAUUUGCAACUUGCAAUCAAAGAAGCAAUUGGUGUGGACAGUAACUGCCUCAAAAUCAUGAUAGGUUACCCACCAAAGCCCUUAAACUUGUCUGACUCAUCUGUCUCAUUAAACGAAUUAAAAAUUCGGUCUGGAGAUACUUUCACAAUUGUUAACAAGGAGAAGAAAAACAAAACUGUUGAAGCAACUGUAGUAGAGCCACGGAUGUUAAGAAAAGAAGUACCUGCCGACAAUUCAUGCCUGUUUUACAGUGUAUUUUAUGCCCUGCAGGGAAGAUUAACAAAAAAUGACUACCCGGAAGCCAAACGACUGAGAGCAGACAUUGCAAAUGUUGUUCGGUCAAACCCUGAGGAAUAUACGGAGGCUGUUUUGGGUAAAACGGCUGACGAGUACAGUGUUUGGAUUCAAUGUGAUUCUUCCUGGGGUGGAGGGAUUGAACUUUCUAUUUUAUCUAAGAUUUACCAGGUCGAGAUCGCAGCUGUGGACAUUCAAACUUUGCGGGUUGAUAACUAUGGUCAAAACGCCGGUUACUUGACUCGUAUAUUCCUUCUCUAUGAUGGAAUUCACUAUGACCCAAUGUAUUUGGACUCUGGCAACCCUUCUUUACCCACCCAAACUAUUUUUACAACAUCCGAUGACGUUGCUCUCUCGAAUGCAAUAAAAGUGGCAGAGGGGUGCCAUAAAGCGAGACUAUACACAGACACAGCAAAUUUUAACUUGCGUUGUUUAACAUGCAACACUCUGUUAUCUGGCCAAACUGGUGCACAAAAGCAUGCUAAAGAGACAGGGCAUGGCAAUUUUGGGGAAGUUCAAUAAAAAAAAUAUAAAAAAGUUAAGCUCAAAUAAUAUUGUUUUAGAACACUUAAAUGAAAUGCAUGCUUUACCCCAUAGUGGUCACAUAUAUAUUAUUUUAUAUAGAUAACAUCCUACAAACAGAAAUUUCUGAAAAAAUGGUACAUUUACCUACGCUAUGCUACAAAAAAUAUUCAGAUUCUUUAUUAUCCGUUUAUGCUGUUAUCUUGUGUUUUUAUUCUUUGUUUGAAGCUUGCUGCUAAUAUACUGAAACGUUAAAUAUCUGUGGGACUAUUUUGUUCUCUACCUUUAGAAUUUAUUUAUACUUGUACAACAAAAUACCUUGCACCAUUAGAAACAGCUUGACCACUACUAUUCUUGAUAGUUGUUUCUCUUUAAUUUAUAGA